CCGGGGUGUUGGUGGCAGCGCUGAGGGGCCCCCCACUGCCCCGUCAUGGUGUCUGCUCUCAUAAGUGAGUCUGCUCUCGUCCUCCUCCUAAGCUUCUGGCUGGCUGGGCGGAGCCAGGAGUCGGGACAGGGGUCCUACCCCAAACCCUCCAUCUCCGUCAGCCCCGGUGGGGUGAUCCCUGUGGGGGGAAACGUCACCAUCCGGUGUCGGCAUCAGCACCUGGGCAUGAGGUUCCUCCUCUACAAGGCUGGAGAUGGGAACUAUCUGACUUACACAGACCCUGCUGGCUCUGAGGCUGAAUUUCCCAUCACCAGCGCCAGACGGGAACAGAGCGGAAACUACACCUGUCAUUAUAGCGACAGAACAGUACGAGCUGCCUACUCGGAGCCCAGCGACCCUGUGCAGAUCAUUGUAGCAGAGCUCAGCUACCCCAAACCCUCCAUCUCCCUCAGCCCCAGCGGGGGGGUCGCCCUUGAGGGAGCCGUGACCGUCCGGUGUCAGGGGCAGCGCCGGGGCGUGCGGUUCGUGCUGAAUAAAGAGCGACGCCAUUUCCCACCUGUGGAUUCGGAUGACAUUGAGGCUGUGUUUCCCAUCAGCAACGUGCGCCGGGAGGACGGCGGGAACUACAGCUGCUCCUAUCACAGCAGAUCAGAGCCGUUCGCUGGGUCAUACCCCAGCGACCCCGUGGAGCUGGUGGUGAGAGCCGAGCGUGAAUUUCUGAAACCCACCAUCUGGGUGAGCCCCAGCAGGGUGGUGGCACUCGGGGGAAAUGUCACCAUCCGCUGUGAGGGUCGGCAACGAUCCAUGGAGUUCUUUCUGCGUAAAGCUGGACGCCCGAACCUGCAGGCGCAGUUGGUGCCUGAUGGGACCGUGGCUGAAUUUCCCAUCCCCAGUGUCAGCCGGGAAGAUGGAGGGAGCUACACCUGCGACUAUCGCUCCAUAGCAGAACAGAGUCGCUGGUCGUAUCUCAGUGACCCCGUCGAGAUCAUUGUAGCAGAUCCCAGCUUACCCAGACCCUCCAUCUCUCUGAGCCCCACUGGGGUCACCGCCCCAGGGGCAGACGUCACCAUCCGGUGUCAGGGGCAGCGCCGGGACGUGAGGUUCUUCCUGCACAAGGCUGGAGACCUGAACCCGCCGCGACACAUGGACCCUGCUGGGGACGGGGCCGAGUUCCGCAUCCCCACCGUGGGCCGGCAGCACGGAGGGAGCUACAGCUGCAGCUACCGGCUCCAAUCAGAGCCCUUCAUCUCCUCAGAGCCCAGCGACCCCGUGCAGCUGGUGGUAGCAGGGGAAAUUGACCCGACCCAGCCUGGAGCGGCGCCGGACAGGGUGGGGCCAGGCGGAUCGGAAUCGCCGGCACAUCUGGGUCAGCCCAGCCCCAUCAUCACCGGGGUGAGCGCGGCAGCCGCCGGCCUCCUCCUCCUCCUCCUCCUCCUCCUCCUCGUGGCCUUCGUCUGCUUCAGAAAAACCCGAGCCAGAAAAGGAGCCGCACCGAGACCGAGCAGCACCAGCCCUAUGGGGGCAUUAAAGGUGCCAGCUCAGCAAGACCCCACCUACGCCUCCAUGGAUGAAGGGAAAGAGCCGCAGACCCUGCCCCAGGAGCCCGACCCCGGCGCCGACGGACUCACCUACGCCGAACUGGACUGCCAGGCGCUCCAGGCCAAGCGGGGAGGCCCGGCCCCUGCCCCUGAGCCUGCCGAGUCCAGCAUGUACGCCGUGAUCAAUGUGAGCCGGGGGCCCCUGCAGUGAGAGCCCCCUGCAGCCGUGGGGUGCCGACCCCCAGGGGGGAACAGACUCACCCACCUGCAGCACCUGCCCCGAGACUCUGCUUCUAGGGAAGAUUUAGGGGGGACACUGCCCUCCCCCCAUGGCUGCCCCUUCUCAUCGAGCUGCUGUCUCCCUGCCCCACCUAGGCCCCCAUGUAGGGGCCGGUGUGGGGGGCUCAGCACUGGGAGGGGGAGGGGAUGCGCCGAGGUGGCUAUUUAUGUUAUUUUGCUUCCGGUUAAUCUCCAGAUUUGUAAUAAACACAGAACCACAAACCAGCCCAACCUGGGCACCCCACAGCCCCCCUGUGUCCGUGCCGGGAAUGUGUGUAACACCUGGGGGAGAUGGGGUGGGGCAUGGGGGCUGGUUAUACAGGGACCCCUCACCCAGCGCUGGGUUGCAGCCCCUCUGGGGAAGGGCGACAGUUGGGCAGGACGCCGGGGUUCACACCCUGACUCUGGGCGAAGCUGCAGAAGGGUCUGAUGCCCGUGACCAAUUGGCACCGGCUGUUUACAUCCCCUCCAUGGGGUCGUCCCUUCCCCGCUGUGCUGGGGGAUCCAUCCCUGUGAGCCGGUGUGCGGGGAGCAAAGGGGAGGUGAUCCCUGGGCGGUGUCCGUAUGAGAGAUCGGGGGGGCAUCACCCUGUGACCCCGAUGUUUCCCUCCUCGGGACCCCGGGCCGGUCAACGUAGGCACAGGGAGAACCCCACAGCUAAUCCCCUGCUUGUAUCUUCCCCGUAAGGGCCCCAGGCCCCACCCUGAGGCCCUGCCUCUGGGGCGAUGUGGGAAUCGCCACUUGCUGGGAGCAGUGCGGGGGCUAGGACACAGAGCGGGGCAGUUCUGAAUCCCCCCUGCAGGGGUAGGGAGUGGGGGCUGUUUUCCAUUGAAUGAGGCUUUGUGACCGUUCAGUGAUGUGUGGAGGAAAAGUCCCCUCAGCUCCACCAUCCUGGCUCCUGCAUGAGAUCCUCCCCCCCACCCCUGAAAUCCUGGCCCCUGCAGCCUCCGGACCCACAGAUUGGCCUGACCCAUGUCUGCCUGCCCCUGGGUGCUCAGACAUCAGCCGUCUCCCCAUUGCCUCGGUUUCCCUUAACUCCUGCUUAAAGAGCCCCCCUGAGCCUGAUAGUCUCCACCUGUGACACUCUGUACCUCUGGGGAACACCCAGCACCCCCAUGUUCAUCCUUAUAAUAUGAUUAUCUGGGAUCUAGUGUAAAGUUUGUCAUGUCGGGUGUCUUCGGAAGGCUCAUGAUGCACCGAGCAUUGUUGUUACAGUGAUGUUAUAGGUUGUAAUUUCAUGUAUAUAGUUAUGUGGCUGAAAAUGUAUCCUCAUGGUGUGUGCCCAUGGGAGGAGGAUCUGAGACCAGGGCAUGUGCCCAUGGGGGGGUGUCAUGGACUCACAGGACUCGUGCUCUCUCUUGGCUCCCCUUUCAGUAUUACAACCCUUCUCAGGGGUCACAAGCUCUCUUGGGGGUUAAGCCCCUCUGCCUCCUGGAACCGCACCUGUCAUGAACAUACAGCUAAGGAUAGCAUAAAAUCCCUCCUUUACCUGUAAGGGGUUAAGAAGCUUAAAUAACCUGGUUGGCACCUGACCAAAAGGACCAGUAAGGGGAGAAGAUACUUUCAAAUUUGGGGGAGGUUUUUGUUUUGUCUCUCUUUGUUGUUCUCUCCAGGACAGCGAGGGAUCAGGACAGGGAAAAUACAUCUCCUAAAGCCAGACCUGAACUAAGCAGCUAAGAUUACAAAUUGUAAGUAAGUAAUAGCAAGGAAAUGCGUUAGAUUAUCUUUUGUUUUAGCUUGUGAAUUUUCCCUAUGCUAACAGGAAGGUUUAUUCCUGUUUUUUGUAACUUUAAAGUUUUGCCUAUGGGGGAAUCCUCUGUGUUUUAACUCUUACUACCCUGUAAAAUUAUCUUCCAUCCUGAUUUUACAGAGGUGUUUCUUUUACUUUUUUCUUUAUAAUAAAGUUCUGUUUUUAAGAACCUGAUUGGUUUUUAGUGUCCUAAAAACCCAAGGGUCUGGUCUGUGCUCACCUUGGUUACCUAUUUG